AUGGGAAUGGGAACGGGCACGGGUCUGAUGCUCGACGAUCAUCAUUUGGUACCCGCUGUACGGGUCAUCAAAUUGUAUCCAUUGCAAAGGCCACAGAAACAGCUCGUCUGCUCACUCAAUCAUCAAGAUGAUGUAUUUCUGUGGAUACCGGACGAGUACACGAAAAUCGUGAACGAUAUGAGAAAGGCGAAUAUUAUAAAGGAUAAUCGAGUUGGUCUCAUCAAAAUGUACAAGAACUCGUUUAAAGGACAAGAUUUUAUCGAUUGGAUUAUGAAAGAAAGAGGGAUAAAGAAAUCGGAAGCUCUUGAAAUUGGACAAGAAUUGAUCGAUCGACAUUUUGGACAACAAACGAGCAAAGAAAGAGGAGAAACGUUUAGCCCGGAUAGAUACUAUCAAUUAGUGGAAGAUGAUGAGAAUAAACCGCUAAACGCUGGACAAAUCGGUGGAGAAGCUGAUUCAGUGAUUAGUGUCGAUGAGUUCAACACAAAAUUGGUGAAAAUUGUGCAACCGAUCUAUGACAGUAUAUUGAGCGAUGAUAAACAGACAAUUCACUACCAUCGUCUUGUAGACAAUGAGCAUUUCAAUCAAUAUUUAUCUUUCAUUCGCGAUUUGAGUCGAGUCGAUUUGACAACAUCGACGAUCGAUCAAAGACUAGCUCUAAUGAUCAAUGUCUACAAUAUGAUGACAAUUCACAUCACUCAACGAUUCGGACCACCAGUCGGCGUCUGGCAAAGAAGAAAGGUCUUCAACAGCACUUAUUAUAUUAUUGGUGGUCACAACUAUUCCCUAAACUCUAUCUUGAAUGGAGUUUUGCGAGGAAAUCGUAAAGGAAAUGGUUAUUUAUGGAAACCGUUCGGGAAACAGGAUUUACGAUUACCGUUGGUGAUCGAGAAUGGAGAGCCAUUAGCGUUUUUCGGAAUCAACAUUGGAACGCGACAUUCACCGCCAUUGAGAGUCUAUUCAACAAAUCGUGUGCGCGAGGAAUUGAUCGAACAAGUGCAUAAAGUGUUGGACUCGGAGAAUUGUUUGCGCUUUGAAGCAAAAAAGAAUGUCGUUUUGUUGAGCAAGAUCUUCAAGUGGCAUUCGGAAGAUUUCGGGAACAGUGUGGAAAAGAUACUUGAAUGGGUUGUUGAAGCAUUGCAGGGUUGUGAGACAGAGAAAGCGAAAACAGUGACAAAAAUGUUUUUCACCGGCGAGUACAAGGUUGCCUACAUUCACUACGAUUGGGCAUUUAACGGGAUCGAGCGAAACAACAACACGAAACCGAAGCCGAAAUUAGAAAGGCUGAAAGGAGAUUUAGCAAGCGACUCAAACUCCCUUCACACUCCAAUCACCGGACAUCUCAGCCCAAAGAGUCCCCAAUUCGACUUUGAAUCCUCUUACAGGAUG